AACAGUACACAGCUCUGCCUAGGCAUUGCUAUUCUCUUUACCGCAAGAUAAACCCUAAACCCUUCUUCUCAAUAUCCCCCGUUCUAUUUCCAAUUUUAUGAGUUUAAAUUAACGUAUAACUUCAUAUCUAUCUGCCUGUCAACAAAAUUGUCUCUGUGCUUUGGUAUAUUUCUUCUGACAUUGAUAGUUUCAGCUGCAGAAGGUUUCAUUUUUCAUUUGAAAUGCAUCAAUUUGUGAGAAAUUUCAUCUGGGUAUGGUAUCUCACAGCUUUUUAUGGAGCUUUGAUGACUAUGUUCUAGUUGAGAAAUUUUGUCUGGGAAAUUACAAGUUUUCACAUGGAGAUGUGAUUGUUUUUCGAUCACCUCACAAUCACAAAGAGAAACAUGUGAAGAGAAUUAUUGAUUCGCCAGGUGACUGGAUUGGUACUCACAGUUCUUAUGAUGUUGUGAAGGUUCCGGAUGGACAUUGUUGGGUCGAGGGAGACAAUCCUUCUUCUAGCAUGGAGUCAAGAACUUAUGGCCCAAUUCCUUUGGGCCUAGUUCAAGGAAGGAUCACCCAUAUUGUAUGGCCUCCUCAAAGACUAGAAGCAGUGAAGAGAAAUAUUUAUGCAGACAGACUUUCUUCUUUCUAAUCAGAAGGUUUCAUUUGUCAUUUGAAAUGCAUCAAUUUGUAAGAAAUUUCAUCUGGGUAUGGUAUCUCACAGCUUUUUAUGGAGCUUUGGUAAGAAGCUCUUCACAUUCGGACUCAUAGGCCUUACUUUUUCAGAUCGUUAUGCUAGCAUUCUUCUGGUACGCGGCGCAUCUAUGGCACCCACCUUUAAUCCUAGAGCUGAUUCUUUUGUGGGAUCAUUAUCUGAAAUUUUUUUUUUUUGAAAAGAUUUUUGCUGGUAAUUUUCACUCUCUGAUUGUAGUUUUUUCGUGCAGAUGACUAUGUUCUAGUUGAGAAAUUUUGUCUGGGAAAUUACAAGUUUUCACAUGGAGAUGUGAUUGUUUUUCGGAUGGUCGUUUUGUUUUGAUAUGAUGCUUAGAAAUAUUUAUACUUUAUUAGUGAAUUAUGCGAAUUCAGUGAACUAUUGCACAUGUUUUAAGCGAAGAAAAUGUAAAAUGAUUUUUUCUUUUUACUUGAAAUGGAUUUGAAUUGAAUGACUCUUUUAAUAUGAUAUGCUCUAUACAUUCUUGUUGUUCUGUUGAACAUCACUCUUUGUUUUUGGUUCUUGUUAUAGAAUUUUGUUAUGCGAUGGUGUUGAAAUGUUCAGUGAGAUUCAUUUCAAAGCUGGUGAAGCAUACACUGAUGCAAAAUUUUGAUGCUGGAACCUGACAUUAGUAGUUGCAAAUUUUUGCAGAUCACCUCGCAAUCACAAAGAAAAACAUGUGAAGAGAAUUAUUGGUUCGCCAGGUGAAUGGAUUGGAACUCACAGUUCUUAUGAUGUUGUGAAGGUUCCAGAUGGACAUUGUUGGGUCAAGGGAGACAAUCCUUCUUCUAGCAUGGAGUCAGGAACUUAUGGCCCGGUAAGUUCAAAGCACCAUACUUAUGAAUAACCUCAUGAUUAGGGUUGGAUUCGACUCAAAUUAGUGUUUAGUUCGAUUUGAGUUGGAACUUCAAUUCUUUAAUUCGGCUUGAGUUGGGCUUGAAUCUCCCUCCGGCAACACGAUUUAUUCUAUUGGCAAUUAUGCAUCCAGUUGGAAACACUAUUUAUCCAUCAAUGGUAUUAUUCAUUUGACUGGUGACCAUCGACAACAUUUUCGGCCAAUUCUAAUUCAAACAGACUAUUUAGGAUUAGAAUUGAAUGCGAGGUAGUUCAUAUUAGGGCUUAGUUUGGUUCAAAUCCAACCCUACUUAUGAUUAGAUCUUAAGAUUCUUAAGCAGAGUAUUUCAAUCCAACUUACUUGUUUAGAUCCUUCUGAUUUAUUAUUUACUGCUAUUUUUAAAAGUUUAUAGUCGCAAAUUGAUUCUCUUCAGCAAUUUUUUUUUUUUUCUGCUUAAGCGAGCUGUUCUUGGCUGAUUCCUUUGGGCCUAGUUCAAGGAAGGAUCACCCAUAUCGUAUGGCCUCCUCAAAGACUAGGAGCAGUGAAGAGAAAUAUUUAUGCAGACAGACUUUCUUCUUUCUAAUCAGGUUAUGGUAGCUGAUACUUUUAGUAGCGAGAAUACAUAUUUUCCUUCGUAAUGCUUUACCAUUUGAUCAAGGCAACAAUUUUUUGGAGAUCCCUUGCUUAAGAACAUAGAGUUUUUGAAAGUUUUAGACUGUUCUUUGAUUUUGUUUAUUAAGCAAGAAUAAGAAAGAAGUAAUCUUUUGGGGACAGUAUUUGUACAUUAUUUAUAUUGUUAAUGGUCAAGUUAAUCAACUCAAUAAUGGAUUUUGAGUUCAAUAUAAUUGAUUUUAAUUCCUGGGUGAA